CGAGCUUGAUGAUUACGGUAAGCGGGAGCUCGUGGCUGGCUUUGGUGGCUGAGGAGGUUGUGUUGAAUGAAAAAAGCUCGGAGCGGCGAUAUUCCUCCUUUACUGUCUGCGGGGCUCACUUGCAACACUAAACGACAACCAGGUUCCUUCAACCCAACUCCGGGCUCUGCUCUGCUACUUAUCCCGUGAACUACACCACGGGAAAUUUGGUACAACAAGAUAACGGCUUCCUCUUUCCACUUCAUAUUCCAUACCUACAAUCGACGUGUGGAUCAUGGCUUCUAAACCCCACCCUCUGAUGAAGAAGCACAGUCAGACCGAUUUAAUAAGCCGCUUGAAAAGCCGGAAGAUUCUUGGAGUUGGAGGCGAAGAUGACGAUGGGGAAGUUCACCGAUCAAAGAUCAGUCAGAUGCUGGGAAAUGAGAUGAAGUUUGCAGUUCGAGAGCCAAUCGGUCUGAGGAUGUGGUUGCUAACCUCAGCAGUGGGUUUCACUGUGAUCGCCGCAAUGGCCUUGGUGUUUCCCAACCAUCUCUAUGAGGUUGUUUUUGAGGAGGAACUCUCUACAACCAGCCUCUCGGUUCGCCUUUAUGGAGGAGCGCUACUCAGCUUGGCUCUCAUCAUGUGGAAUGGCCUCUACACAGCGGAGAAGAUCAUCAUCCAGUGGACUCUGCUUAGUGAAGCUUGCUACUUUGGAGUGCAGUUUCUUGUGACAUCCAUCACCUUGGUAGAGAUCGGCAUGCUGCCCAACGCUGCCAUAAUGCUGCUUCUCAGCAGAGUCCUCUUCCUGGCGGUCGCCAUGGCUUACUACUACCACCUGGGCCGCAAGCCAAAGAAGAUUUGAGCUCAUGUGCGCGCGAGGGGGAUACAAGUCAUGUGGACAGCUGAGCACAGAUCACAUAAGAUGUGGUUGCAAGGUUUGGAUUGGUAUUAGAAAUUGAGCUUGUAGCCUUAUCUGAUCCCAGUGAGAUGCAGCUGUGGGACAUAGUUUAAUAUUCCACCCAAAUUGUCAACAAAUUACCACAUAGGACAUUUCUCCUUCCUAUAGGUGUGAGGUCAGAACCUCAUAACACAAUUUCCUCCGGAGUGCUGUUAUUGUUAAAAAUACCCCACAAAAAAAGAUGCCUUGUAUUUUAAUUGUAGUCUUGUCACCUUAAGAUCACUCUGUUUCUAAUGUAACUUGAGGAUAUUUCCAAAUAUACAGUUACCCGUUAUUCCAUAAAAAAAGUUGCAUCUUGACACUGUCUCCUAACUCCGUUCAAGGACCAGUAGUUUGUGCGGGAGUGUGUUGUUCUGUUUAUUCAAAGUGUGUGUUUGCUGAAGCGCUUCGAGCAUCACUGGUGCUCACUCAAAUUCAAAUGCAGGUCAGUUUUCUCUAUUGACUUUCAUAAAUAGCACAGUCGUGAACUGAACCGUAGCGGCAUUGUAUUUGCGAUGGUGUUCAACAAGGAAGCAAAGUGAUUCUUUUGGUUUACUCAACGUGACCAAAUUGAAGACUAAAUUUUGUGCGCAGUGUGUUCACACCACAAAUGAUCUUUUUCAUCACACAGGGUAGGAUAAGCAUGGAAGAUUUGGCCUUUAGUGUUGAACUGCCAUCACAAGCAGUCCUUAUUGUAGACGAAACAAAACUGCUUUGGGUUCCCAUGAGUAGUGUAGCACCGUUUUUAUAUCACGCCGUAUGCGUAGCCUUGCCUUAAAACUAUUUAAAACUGUCACCAACACUGCAUCUUUACCCUUGUAUUGGGUGUCUAUGUAAAUACCAGUACGUGUGGUGGUGUUGUGAAGUGGACCGGGAACAUGUUUAGUAUUCAGUAGAGCUAAGGUUUCUCUCAAGUGUAAUUUUGUACUUAUUUAAGCAACUUCUGUCAAUAAAUGUCAUGCAUGUAGUAAUCCUGCAGUGCAGAAAUAGUUGAGGUAGAGUAGCCACCAAUGAACCAAAUAGAUGAAAGCGUUCACAGAGGUGGAGGUGAACAUGUAAAAAAAAAAACCACAUUUUGAUUUGUGCUUUAUAACGGGUACUUGCCAAUUUUACUCCACCAUUCAGUACAAUUCUACCUCCCUGCUAUUUGCCAUCAUUCCAGUUCAGUUCAGGUUUUUAUUCUGAACUUGUGCUUUUCCACACCUUGGGCUCUGUCAAGGGAACGUUCUAAAAUUCAGCUAGGGGGGGAGAUUAAAUUGGAAAAUAUACAUAGGGCCUCCUUCAAAGGUGGUCCCUCGGUCCCGCCCCAGAAGGGAGUUGUCCUGAGGUCUGAGUGAUUGCGGGUUUGCAGUUGCAUGUUCAGUAUUAAGCACACACAUGCUUGUUACUUGGGUGAGUGAGUCUUAACUCCAGAUAGGGUCUACAUGGGUGAGGUCUGCUUUGCUACUUGAAAGUAGUAAUUAUCUCUUACCAAUGUUUAAUUAGAUACACUUCUCCCCAGCAACAGUGUGCUGAAUCUUACUAGUCUGUCCUUACUAGCAUGCUAAUUAAGGGGUUGAGGGGAAAAAAAGGCAUUUCAUUUCCGGCUAUACUAAAGGUCUCAAAUCAUCAGACUUGAAAUGUUCAAAGGUCUGUGAAGUGCAGUAUUUGAGGGCAGAAGGUCUUUUUUUUUUUUUUUUUUAAAGGUAAGGUCAGAAGUAGGCUACCUUAAAGGCUGUUCUAUCCUUGGCUCAUGUUAGUCACUUGAGGCGAGUGGGAGAUUAACAUAAAUUGUUUAAGUGUGACAUAAGUUCUGACCUCCAGUGCAUUGCUCUUCUCUGAAUUUCUUCCCAGGUCAAACGAUUUCAGCUUGUAGCAUUGUUUUUUUUUUCUGUAUAUACUGUUUUGUGAAUCUUGUGCCUCAGAUUGUAUUGUUGGUUUGAAAUAAAGAACCUAUUGUUUGUUUUA